AUGGACAUUGGAGAGUCAGUUUCGGGAGACUCGGCAAUGUCAGAUGGACAGGCCCGAAGUCGCCAAUGGUCGCGACCUGGAAGUGCGGCCACGGGCGGCAUCAGCAGUGGAUCGGCCUCGGAAAAAACCCGAGGAGCAGAUGGAGACGAGCCACGCUUCCACACUGCGUGGGACGGUUGGGCGGAGGAUGGCAGCUGGCAAGGGACGAGUGAGGCCCCGGAGCAUGGAAUGAGAACUGGUCCUGGAAGUCUUCUCGAGAAGGACCGUUGGAAUGGUCGCCGAGGGCGACAGGACAACGAGAACUGGAGCUGGAGGAAUGGCUACGGACCAUCGGCGUCCCAGGAUGGCGGCGGCAGCUCGUGGAAGACUUGGGAGACUUCGUAUGCGGACCAGGCGGACCAGGUGGAGGAGCAGAGCUCGAGGGCUUCUUCGACAACUUCGCGCAUCGAGGGCGAGCCGGCGCCGGUGAAGAUGGUGGGCGAGACUGUCGAGAGGAAGGGCGGGAAGGGAGGCCAACUUCCGCCAGAACUGGUUGGGCCCAAGAUGAUGGUGCAGUUGAAAGAACGAGCGGCUCAGCUGGUGAAGCACCUCUGCAAUGGGGACGUGAAUGGUCCCGAUGGCAAGGACGUGAUCUUCAAGGUACUGGAGAAGUCGCCCCUGAUCAAGCAGCUGGACAAGCACCGCGUGGAUGAGCACAGGCGCCGGCUGAUGCAGUUGAAUAGGGCCCCGGGAGAGUCCAUGGAGUCCUAUGUCACCCGCGCGUCCAUCUACAGGACGCACUUGGUGGGCAUGGAUGGUAGCAUGGCGAUGGGCGAAGCCUUCCACAUUGGCCACCUCGUGGACCACGCUCACCUGACGCGGCGCGACCGCGCCAUGGUGAAAACCAAGGCGGGGACCGAGACGGACGAGUACCUGGUGACGAAUGCGCUCAUCGAGCUGGCCAGCGAAUUGGAUCCAAUUGGCCCGAAUGCCUUCUUCAGCGUGGCGAGACGCGCCGCCUUGGGCGCCGAGCAGCUGGACAGCGACACCGUGAGCUACCACGAGGAGCCUGGCGAGGAGUCCCUGGACGAGGACGACUACCCCCCGGAGCUCGAGGCCGCGGUGAACGAAGUCUAUGGCACACAGCACCGUGCGAAGCAGAAGAUUGCCGAGGUGAAGAAGCUGAGGCAGUACUAUCGGAAGCCAGAUCCUGAGGAGCGCAAGAAAGCUUUGGCGGAGCAGAUGAAGACGAACCCCUGCCACGCAUGCGGCCAGUACGGCCAUUGGUCGAGAGAGUGCCCGACCAAGAGCAACCCUGUGCUGGUGAACAAAGGCGGCUCCAAUCCGACUCCUGUGCUGGCUGCCAAGACUGGCGGCGGGCGGCUCGAGCCCAUCGAGGAGGGCAAGUCGGGCGAGUACGAGUGGGAUCUGCUCCUGACGAUGUGCCGCUCUGGAUUGAAUCCGGCCUUAGCAGCUCAGACUCGUGCGGAGAGUGCUCGACCUCCGUUCCAGUACAAGGGGGCAAGGGGGCAGACAGUUCACAGGGUUUUCGGGGCCGUAGCUGCAGCUUUGAGCGAGGUCAUGUGGUCAAUGAAGGAGCUGGCUUUCAAGGUCAUAUUGGACAUAGGCUGUAUGCGUUCCGUUGCCGGGCUUGAAUGGACUAACAGUUUGUUGCGAAGGUGGCGUUCUGAAGGGAGAUGGUGCAGAGUCUUUGAAGAGCAUGAGGCCUUUAAGUUCGGAGACGGGGAGGUUUUAUGGAGCAGGUUCCGUGUGGAGUUCUUGGGCACGUUUGCGGGCAAGCCAGUGGUAUAUGGGUUCAGCGUGGUCGAGGGUUGUUGCCCACCGUUGUUUUCCAGAUCAGGUUGUACUCAGAUUGGGGCGGUGAUAGACUGUGAGCAUCAUUGUGUCAGUGCACGCCGACUAGGGGUGAAGAUGUAUGGGGUAGGACGAGAUAGCGGUCACUAUACCAUGUCAGUUGAUGAGUGUGAUCCUGGUUGCGUUGUGCUGCCUGGAGACUAUCGACUUCCCCCAGGAGGAGACAUUGCCCCAAUCGACCCUCAGAUUUUCAGUGCUCAGAUGCCUUGCCCCGUCCCUGACGGUCCUCUGGAACGCAAUGUCUGCGCCGCUGAACCCUCCUCUAUGCCGCAUUUGCAAGAGCCACGACCACCGCACCCGCGAUUGCCCUCAGGUGGACUCCGACGACGAGACCUUCGCGAUGACCUACUCGGCGGACAUGGAGCAGGAUGGGGGCCAAAAGCCACACCGAACCCGGAAGAAUGCGGCCAAGCCUCGAGAGAGGACUACGCGUUCGACCCAGGACACCAAGGCGGCUUCGACAAAGGAGACCCCGGCGGCAUCCUCGACAACAGCACCCGACGUCUCUGGCUCAUCAGCAAGAGGCGCAAGAAGCAACGGGCCAGCAAGGCAAAGGCCCAGGAAGUGAAGGCUUUGACCGGGCAGAGGGCGGACUACCCCUCGCUCAGCAACUUGUGGAGUUACGAGCUGGGCCUCAACAUCGCUGCGUCGACGACAAGCCGGAUGAGAACUUGGUGCUGGAAGAAGUUCGUGUGGAUGGCGCGCAUCAAGAAGGCCGUGGAGAAGGAGGGCGACCGGCGUUGGAAGCGGAACCCUCGUUGGCUCAGCAUGUUGCUCGGCAAGGAGGUGGCCUUCCUGUUCGGCCACUUCGGGUCGAUGAGGCAGAAGCUGCAAGCUCCCGAGAUGACGCGGAUUCUGUGA